CGCGGAUUACUCGUAUCAGUCCGACGUUAGUACAUCGAAACGCACGUUUCAUAUGAACGCUUUGACGGUCGUAAACAAUAAAAAUAUAUGUGUUUACAAUAAUCGUACGAUACGAACGAUAGUAUGUAAAAGUUUGACGGUUAUUGAUAAAGUCGGCGACGUUGCCAAGUCGACCGCUGCGGCGCGCGUUGCCAGGCGCGUUUGUGUUGUGUGAAAGCGAUCGUAUUCGCUGCGGACGAAAUUAUUUAUCGCUUUAAUAUAUCUAUCUUGUUGUCUAAGUUUAAAAUAUUGAAUGAUUUAAAUAAAGAAUUUAUUUGCGAUAAGAUUAUCAAAUCAAUGUCACACAGUUUAUAAAAAUGACGACAUACGCGUUGGACGCGGAAACGUUCAUAAAUGAAAUAAAGAAAUACAAAGAGCUAUGGAGCCUGAGCUGCGACGGUUACAAGUUCAAAGCGAAAGACAAGCAGCUGGCGUGGGCGAACGUCGCCAAGGCGUUUAUACCGGACUUCGAUAGUAUGAAAGAAGUCGAAAAAGCCGAAGUAUAUCGCAAACUGCAUAGUAAAUGGCGCAACAUACGGGACGCGUACGUCCGCAGCCUGAAACGCAAGGACGGCAAACGCGCCUACAUGUACGCGAAGCUGUUGACCUUCCUGAACACGAGGUACGUGGACAACCACACCAGCGAGGGUGAGAGCGAGGACGAGAGCUCCGACGAGGCGGAGAGCGUCAGCAUCAACAAGUCAAGAAACAUCGAAGUCACAGCGACUAGCGAGGAUGAAUCUUCAACUAUAGACAAUUUGAAACGGCGCAGGGUAGAAAAAACUGACAAGAUAGAGUUCGUAGAAACACCCAACGUACAAAGUGAAUCGGUACAUGUAUCAGAAAACGAAGACCGCUCCUUCUUUGACUCCCUCUUGCCCGCGGUCAGGGAGUUCGAUCUGGACCAAAAAUUGGAAUUCAGAUGUGGGGUCCUCAAACUAAUAAAGCAAAUUAGGUCCAAAGGGAAUAGUUUAAAAUCUGAAUUUAAUUCUCUCGAUUACGAUUAACUUGUAAAUUUUAGAUCUUAUUAUUUAUAUAAAUACAAAAUACAUAGGUAAUUAUUGUUUUUAAGACAAAUUAUAUUAGGACUAUAUUUAAUUAAAUUUAUAAUUUGUUAUAUUGUUUAGCUACUUCUAGAUUUUAUUACUAAAGUUAUCGACAGAAUAUAAAUCUGAAACUUUAAUGAUUUUUUUAUUAUUAUGAAUCCAUUGCAUUGUUGUUGGCCAUAUGCUGUUAAAAGAAAACAUUUUUGAUAACGACUUUCUUAUUGUCUUUGUAGCAAAAUAUUAAAGUUCUUUUGAAAAGC